UCUACAGGCUGUCAGCAGCGCCUCGCAGAAUAAGACUUCUGACUUCACAGAGAUACACAGUAGCAGACCAGCUACACUUUGUACUUGGAGGUUUUAAUCCACAUAUCAACUCUUUUUUUUUUACCCAUUUCCAAUUUUUACAUUUCUAAUGCCUCACGUGUGAUGGCUAAUGUGUCAUCGGUUGAUGUGGGAGUUUUGUUUCUCAUAGUGGUGACAGCGUCUUUGGCAAACGGUUCUUCAUCAAGCAAAGAUGUGAGCCAGAGGAGAGAGGUGAGCACGCUCCCGCCCAGCGCUGUGGACGACCUCGCUGGUGUCGCUUCCAACAGUGAGGCGAAACUCUGCUCCACCUGUGACCAGCCGGGGGCCAGGAAGCGGGCGAAGAGAUGCACAUGUUACACUUACAGAGACAAGGAGUGUGUGUAUUACUGCCACCUCGACAUCAUCUGGAUCAACACACCAGAGCAUACUGUACCAUAUGGUAUGUCCAGUUACCAGGGCUCCCUGCGUGCGAGGCGCUCUGCUGGGACUGAGCAGCAGGGGAGGUGGACGGAGGCCCAGCGGUGUGUGUGUUCACUGCACACUGACUCCGACUGCAGCAGCUUCUGCAUGGACAGCAGGCAGAGGACGCCAAAUUAGACAGGAGGACAGGAACUCUUCACAGUGGGCCUGCUAUGAAAUGAACAUAUAAGUGACAUGC